AUGACAUCACGACCUCCCAGCGGAGGGCCCUAUCCGCCGCAGGUAUGGCAGCUCGGCGGCGCGCCUAGCAAGUCAGUCGACAUUCCCGUCACUGCUGUCUUCCUGGCCCUCUUCAUCGGCGGCGCAGCUACGCACAUGACCAUCUUCCAACUAAACAAGCGCCGUGGCCACAAGUUCGUGCUCAGCCUGCUGCUCUUCGGCUUCUGCAUGGCCCGCAUCGUAACCUCCACCCUCCGCAUCUCCUCCACCGCCCUCCCCCGAAACCUCAACCUCGCAAUCGCCUCCUCCAUCUUCACCGCCGCGGGGACCCUCCUCCUCUUCGUCGUGAACCUCCUCUUCGCGCAACGCAUCCUGCGCUCGCUACACCCUAGCUUCGGCUGGCGCCGCCCUGUGUCCUGGGCGUUCAAGGCGCUGUACAUGCUCAUCGUCGCGACAAUUAUCAUGGUCAUCACGGUCGUGGUGCAGGGCUUCUUCACGCUAGACCCAGAAACCAGGAGUAUCGGUCGGAGCAUCCAGCUCUACGGCUCGACCUUCUUCGCCGUCGCGUCUUUCCUGCCGAUCCCGAUCACGCUGGCUGCGCUGGCCGCGCACCGCUUCCGCCGCCCCGGCACCGACAAGCUGGACACGCACCACACCGAACCCCUCGGCGCGGGCCCCCUCCGCACAAAAGCCGCGCUCGUCCUCACGGCCUCCCUCUUGCUCAGCGUAGCCGCGACAUACAGGUGCGCGGUCGGCUGGUUCGAUCCCGUGCCACGCACUCAGCCGAUGCCGGACCGCUUCUCGAAAGCGGCGUUUUAUGUUGUGAACUUUGGGGUUGAGGUGCUUGUUGUGUAUCUGUAUGCGCUGGGACGGGUGGAUCGGCGGUUUUGGGUGCCGAAUGGGUCGAGUAAGCGGAGGACGUACAUUGUGGUGGAGGAGGAGGAGGGGAAGGGGGAGGCUGGAGAUGAGGAGAAGCGGGAUAGUGUACACACAUCUAGACCGGCUACGGCGAGGUCGGAGGGGAGUCGGGCGAGGGAUGUGGAUGAGGUCAAGGCGGAGUGGGAGGUUUGA